AUGCCUGCUGCGUGUGCUUCAGUGCUUGAAGAUAUUGAAGAUAUUGUGUUAGCAGAAGACUUGAAGCCUCAGGAUCGGCAGUUUGUAAGAAAAAGUGUUUUUCCAAAGGUUCGAAAACGCAAUUCACAAAAAAAUAUUCAGACAGAUGAUGAACCCCCAAGUGACAGCAUUAUUCCUGGUGCUCAGAAAAUCUGGAUUCGUACAUGGGGGUGUUCUCACAAUAAUUCCGAUGGUGAAUAUAUGGCUGGACAGCUGGCUGCAUAUGGAUACAAAAUUACAGACAAUUCUGCUGAAGCAGAUUUAUGGUUGCUGAAUAGCUGUACAGUAAAAAAUCCUGCUGAGGACCACUUCAGAAACUCAAUAAAGAAAGCCCAAGAAGGGAAGAAGAAAGUGGUUCUUGCAGGCUGUGUGCCACAAGCCCAACCUCGUCAGGACUACCUGAAAGGCUUGAGUAUUAUAGGGGUAUGUCAGAUAGAUCGUGUAGUAGAAGUUGUGGAGGAAACUAUUAAAGGUCAUUCUGUGAGACUGCUGGGUCAGAAAAAGGAUAAUGGAAAACGUUUGGGGGGAGCACGACUGGAUUUACCGAAGAUUAGGAGGAAUCCACUGAUAGAAAUAAUUUCCAUCAAUACAGGAUGUCUCAAUGCAUGUACCUACUGCAAAACGAAGCAUGCCAGAGGAGAUCUAGCAAGUUAUUCAAUUGAAGAGCUAGUGGACAGAGCCAAACAGUCUUUUCAAGAGGGUGUUUGUGAGAUAUGGCUGACCAGUGAAGACACAGGGGCUUAUGGCAGAGACAUUGGCACAGACCUCCCUACGCUUCUCUGGAAGCUGGUUGAAGCUAUUCCUGAGGGAGCUAUGCUGAGGCUUGGCAUGACAAACCCUCCCUAUAUUUUAGAGCAUCUGGAGGAAAUGGCAAAGAUUCUCAAUCAUCCAAGAGUAUAUGCUUUUCUGCACAUACCAGUCCAGUCAGCCUCUGACAGUGUGCUCAUGGACAUGAAAAGAGAAUACUGCAUUGCAGACUUCAAACAAGUAGUGGAUUUUCUUAAAGAAAAAGUGCCUGGAAUAACAAUUGCUACAGACAUCAUCUGUGGUUUUCCAGGAGAGACAGAUGAAGAUUUUCAAGAAACAAUGAAACUUGUAGAACAAUACAAGUUUCCAAGCUUGUUUAUUAAUCAAUUUUAUCCACGCCCAGGAACCCCAGCUGCAAAAAUGCAUCAAGUUCCAGCUGCAGUGAAAAAACAGAGGACAAAGGAUCUGUCCCAGCUGUUUCAUUCAUACAAUCCAUAUGAUCAUAAGGUUGGUGAGAGGCAGAGAGUCCUGGUAACAGAAGAAUCCUUUGAUUCCAAUUACUAUGUUGCUCACAAUCCUUUCUAUGAGCAGGUUCUUGUGCCAAAGAAUCCUCUGCUAAUGGGUAAGAUGGUAGAAGUGAAUAUUUAUGAAGCUGGGAAACAUUUUAUGAAGGGUCAGCCGGUGUCAGAUGCCAGAGUUUACACUGCAUCCAUCACCAGACCGUUAGCAAAAGGAGAAGUUUCUGGUUUAACAGAGGAGUUCAGACAAGCACCACAGAAAGGCACAAACUGGAAAGCACACCCUUCUGCUGAGAUCCCAGUGAAAACACCACUCAGCUCUUGGAUGCCUUUGCAGCUCCCAUGGCAACAAGGAGGUGGACUGAAGAUCCUGUCUGUCAGCUUGGCUCUGCUGGCAGUUCUUGUUAUGUUUUACUACGGAGGAAUGAAAACAGAACUGUGA